AUGUUUCGCCGCGUCGCCCCGCUGUCGUGCGCCUACUUCGCGUACGUGGCGCUGUCGAUGUCGUCCGUCCGAGGCGUGAACCUCCCGAUGUACACCACGCUGCGACGGACGACCGCGGCGUUCACGAUGACCGCGGAGUAUUUCGCGGUGGGGAAGCGGCAAUCGCGCGCGGUGACGACCGCGGUGGGCGCGAUGGUGGCGGGCGCGUUCGUCGCCGCGCUCGGGGACGCGCACUUCGACGCAUCAGGCGCGUUCAAUACACUGGUCCCCAUACGACCGCGCUACGCGCGCGUCUUCGCGAACAACGCCGCGACCGCGGUGUACCUCGCGUGCAUCUCCAGGUACGGGAAGAGCAGCGGGCUGAACUCGUUCGGGAUGAUGUGGUGCAACGGCGUCGUGACCGCGCCGGCGGUGCUGGCGUCGACGAUGGCCACGGGCGAGCUCGCGGCGGUGGGGACGUUUCGACGGUUGGGCGAGUUCUCCUUCGAGGCUGUCGUCGUCGCGUCGUGCGCGCUCGCGUUCGCGCUCAACUACGCGGUGUUCCUGAACACGUCGCUGAACAGCGCGCUGACGCAGACGAUAUGUGGGAACUUGAAAGACGUCGUGGUCAUCGUCCUCGGGUUCAACGCGUUCGGGGGGGUCGCGGUGAACGCCGUCAACGCGUGCGGCGUCGCCGUCGGCCUCUGCGCGUCGUUUCGAUACGCGACGCUCAAGUUCAAGGUGCGAUGA